CAUUUUUCCCCUCUGUUUCUUCUCCAUCUUCAACCUCUGUUUUUCUCAAUCCAAGUUCCCUCUCAAAACACCUUUUUGAUUUAUGAUGUCAAGAAAGCUUCUUGUUUUCUUGUUCCUCAUCACUUUUCUCUUCAAACCCAUAUCUUUUCUUGCUUCUGCUGAGAAUGUGACUUUCGAUUUCCAUUCCUUCACUCUCCGCAACCUCACCCUCCUCGGCGACUCUCACCUCCGGAACGGGGUUGUUAGCCUCACACAAGAGCUUGGUGUACCAUCUUCUAGUUCCGGUACUGUGAUUUACGACUACCCAAUUCUGUUUUUCGAUCAAGAUUCUAAUACCACGGCUUCUUUCCACACGAGAUUCUCUUUCAGGAUCAAGAACUUGAAUCCGAGUUCUUUUGGUGAUGGGUUGGCGUUUUUCCUUUCUCCGGAUAACCAGACUCUGGGUAGUCCCGGAGGGUAUCUGGGUCUGGUUAAUUCUUCGCAGUUGACCAAGAACAGGUUCGUCGCGGUUGAGUUCGACACCAGGUUGGAUCCCCAUUUUGGCGACCCAAAUGACAAUCAUGUUGGUUUGGAUAUUGACAGUCUGAAUUCGAUCAAAACUGUGGAUCCAAGCUCACAAGGGAUUGAUCUAAAGAGUGGGAAACAUCUCACAGCUUGGAUUGAUUACAUGAAUGAAUUGAAGCGCCUGAGAGUUUUCUUGAGUUCUUCGGAUUCAAAACCCCAAAAUCCACUGUUGACUGUGGAUAUCGACCUUUCUGGGUAUCUCAGGGAGAUGAUGUUUGUGGGUUUUUCAGCUUCAACUGAAGGGAGCACUGAGAUUCACUUGAUUGAGAAUUGGAGCUUUCAUAGUUCUGGGUUAUCUCCAGUCCGACAUCCUCACAAUGUAUCUGAUAGUUCAGUGACGAUAAUAACAGAUAUCCAUAGAUCUAGUUCUGGUAGUAACCAUCACAAGAAGCUUGCUUUGGGUCUUGGAAUUGCUGGUCCGGUGUUCUUUUGUGUAGUUCUUUCAGUGUUCGGCUAUAUUUCUCUGAGAAAAUGGAAGGGUGCGAGAACAGAGAAAAACCUCAAAGCUGAGUUCGUAGCAGGGCCCCGACAGUUUAGUUACAAAGAGCUUAUGUCAGCUACAAGAGGGUUUCAUUCAAGCAGAAUCAUAGGCCACGGUGCAUUUGGGAAUGUUUAUAAGGCCAUCUUCAUGUCUUCUGGUACAAUUGCAGCGGUGAAAAGAUCAAGGCAUUCCCAUGAAGGUAAGUCUGAGUUUCUUGCUGAAUUGUCCGUUAUAGCUUGCUUAAGGCACAAGAAUUUGGUUCAGCUACAGGGUUGGUGUGCUGAGAAGGGUGAAUUACUGCUUGUUUAUGAGUUUAUGCCAAAUGGAAGCCUUGAUAAAUUGCUGUAUCCAGAAUCUGGACAUGGCAUGUCAUUGAGUUGGUGCAAUAGGAAGAAUAUUGCAGUUGGUCUGGCUUCUGUGCUGUCUUACCUGCAUCAAGAAUGUGAGCAGCAAGUCAUUCACAGAGACAUAAAGACUAGCAACAUAAUGCUUGAUGGAAACUUCAACGCAAGGCUUGGUGAUUUUGGACUGGCUAGGCUCAUGGAUCAUGAUAAGAGUCCUGUUUCCACACUUACUGCAGGAACCAUGGGGUACCUUGCUCCUGAAUAUCUUCAUUGUGGGACUGCAACCGAGAAAACUGAUGUUUUUAGCUACGGUGUUGUUGUCCUUGAAGUAGCUUGUGGUAGGAGGCCUAUUGAGAAGGAACCUUAUAGUCAAAAACUAGAGAAUUUGGUUGAUUGGGUUUGGGGAUUGCAUACUGAUGGAAGGAUCUUGGAGGCAGCUGAUAAAAGAUUGAAUGGGGAGUUCAAAGAGGAAGAGAUGAGGAAGCUACUGCUGGUGGGUUUAAGCUGUGCACACCCUGAUAGUGCAGAGAGGCCUUCAAUGAGGAGGGUUCUUCAGAUACUCAACAAUGAGGCUGACCCAGUAUUCGUGCCAAAGAGGAAACCAAGCCUUAUUUUCUCUUGUAGCUUGACUGUUGAAGACAUUGUUUCUGACGAUGAAGAGUGCCAGAGAGCUUCUGUUAGUCAUGAUGAAGAUCACAUGAAAGAUUCUGCUAGUCAAGUGUGAGAUCAAAUUUCACUGCUAGAUUUCAUAUUCACUUUAUAGGCGCCUGUUGAUUGUUUAAUUCUUUUAAUUGCUUUAACCAUUGCAUCUGUUUUGUUGUUUUUUAGUUCACUGACUUGAGACUAGCAGUUCACUGGCCUGAGUUCAAAACUCAUGUUGAACUGUAUGGUCUCUGCAAAUAACUAAGGUUCAAUGAAAAGUUUGAAUUUGUAGCUUUUCCUCUCCACCUGUAUUUGUAAUAGAAAUGAUAAGCCGUAGUUUUCUUUUCUUUUCUUUUCUUUUUGGGUAUAAAGCCAUAGUUAUUUU